AUGUCGGAUGAACUUUUACUCGAUCCAGAUAUCCGCGUUUGGGUCUUUUUGCCGAUCAUCGUCAUCACUUUCUUUGUAGGAAUUCUCCGUCACUAUGUAUCCAUUUUGCUUCACUCUACGAAAAAAGUUGAACUUCAGCAAGUUAUCGACAGCCAGACGAUGAUUAAAAGUCGCCUAUUGCGAGAGAAUGGCCGAUACAUUCCUAAACAGUCCUUCCUUAUGCGACGUCAUUACUUUAACAACGAGGAAACCGGGUACUUUAAAGUCAGUCUAAAGCGAAAUACUCAAGCGCCAAACCCAAUGACUGAUCCCUCGAUGAUGACCGACAUGCUAAAGGGCAACUUGACCAAUGUUCUGCCUAUGAUUCUCAUUGGUGGCUGGAUCAACUGGACCUUCUCUGGAUUUGUUACUACCAAGGUACCCUUUCCCUUGACCCUCCGAUUCAAACCUAUGCUUCAGCGAGGAAUUGAGCUACAAUCACUUGAUGCCUCGUGGGUAUCUUCAGCCUCUUGGUACUUUCUCAAUGUGUUUGGCCUGCGAUCAAUUUACGUGCUUGUUCUUGGCGAGAAUAACGCCGCCGAUCAGAGCCGUGUAAUGCAAGACCAGAUGUCAGGUGCAGCCAUGGCUAUGCCGGCUGACCCGAAACAAGCAUUCAAAGGCGAGUGGGAGGCUCUAGAGAUAUGCAAUCACAACUGGAUUUUGCAUGGAAUUGAAAAUAAGCUUCUACAAAGUAUAGAAAACCAGUAA